AUGCCAGAUCAAGCACAUCAGCGUGCAGUGCUACACCGGUGGAGAAAGCGGCUUCGAGUUGAGGUAGCUUCGUGGGACCGCUCCAGGCUUUUGACGCUGGUGUUCUACUUGCGUUUGCUCUGUGCGCUAGGUUUUGCGCUACUCUUCGGUCUGGUUCCUUUGACGGGCGUUGGGGCACUAUCAGCGUACAUUCUGGUCACGUGCUUUCUACCGACCACUGUGCUACGCAAGUUCAUCGGCGUGCAGUUGGAAACCUACGGAGAGAACACUGCUUGGCUGUGCUUCACAGAAAACCUGUGGCCUGCUUUCCUGUUAUUUGUUUUGGUUUGGACGCUCGUUUACACGUGGCGAACGUCUCUACUAGACUCAGGUGCGCCGCCGCUGUAG